GUCAGAGACAUCAACAUCAACAAGAAGAACAACACGAAGCGUGUCUGAAUGCUUCAUCUCUUCUUCUCCUCCUCCUCCUCUCCCACGUAAUUCCCCUAAAAUCCACUCUUUCUAGGGUUCGACCAUGAACUUUCCUCUCCCCUAAACAUCUGCUCUCUCUAGUUUCUCUGAUCGGCGACGGAGAAGACCAACUCCGAAGCGGGAAUGUCUGUCUCCGAGCUCAAAGAGCGCCACGCCGCCGCAACAGAGACCGUUAAUAACCUCCGUGACAGACUUAUACAGAGACGCCUCCAGCUACUCGACACCGAUGUGGCCAAGUACACGGCGGCUCAAGGUCGUUCUCCGGUGAAAUUCGGAGCGACGGAUCUAGUUUGUUGCCGUACUCUUCAAGGACACACGGGGAAGGUUCAUUCAUUAGACUGGACACUGGAGAGUAACCGGAUCGUCAGUGCAUCUCAAGACGGUAGAUUAAUAGUAUGGAACGCUCUAACGAGUCAGAAAACUCACGCUAUUAAACUCCCUUGUGCAUGGGUUAUGACAUGUGCCUUCUCUCCGAAUGGUCAGACUGUUGCGUGUGGUGGGUUGUUGGACAGUGUUUGUUCUAUCUUUAGUCUUAGCUCGACCGCAGACAAAGACGGAACUGUACCGGUUUCGAGAAUGCUCAGUGGUCACAAGGGUUAUGUUUCGUGCUGUCGGUAUGUCCCAAAUGAUGAUGCUCAUCUGAUUACCAGUUCAGGUGAUCAGACAUGCGUCUUGUGGGAUGUUACUACUGGUCUUAAAAUUUCUGUCUUUGGCGGCGAGUUUCAGUCUGGACAUACUGCUGAUGUACUAAGCGUCUCAAUCAGUGAAUCAAACCCAACUCGGUUCAUAACUGGUUCAUGUGAUACCACUGCACGCUUGUGGGACACUCGCGAUGCAAGCAGAGCAGUGGGGACGUUUCAUGGGCACAAGGGAGAUGUGAAUACUGUCAAGUUCUUUCCGGAUGGGCAUAGAUUUGGGACUGGAUCAGAAGAUGGAACAUGCAGGUUGUAUGACAUUAGGACUGGUCAUCAACUCCAGGUGUACCAGCCACAAGGUGAUGGUGAGAGCCUGCCUGUGACCUCCAUCGCAUUCUCUGCCUCGGGGAGGCUUCUUUUCGCUGGCUAUGCUAAUAACAACACCUGCUACGUUUGGGAUACUUUCUUGGGAGAGGUUGUAUUGGAUUUGGGGGAGCUUCAGGAUUCACACAAGAAUCGGAUAAGCUGUUUGGGGAUGUCAGCAGAUGGAAGUGCCUUGUGUACGGGAAGUUGGGAUUCAAAUCUUAAGAUAUGGGCGUUUGGAGGGCACAGGAGAGUGAUAUGAAGGAGACAAAACAAACUUAAUCAUGUCUCUGCUCUAUCUCCAGUUCUUGUGGUUGUUAAUAUGUUAUGUUGUCUGGAAGUAAAACCCUACGGUCGGUUUGUAAACUUGUUGAGAAGGUGUUUUGCUUUUGAUAUAGUGGAGUUGUGUAAGAAA